AUGAGCUGGCUGUGGGGAAACGAGACGACAGAGCAGGCGCAGUUCGUGGUGAGCGCUCUGCAGAGUGAGCUGGAUGAGCGCGAGAGCAAGAUAAAGGCGUUGGAGGCGGCUCUGAAGCGCGAGCAGCAGGAUAUGACGUCACUGCUGGAAGACGAGGUGAAGGAGCUGGAGGCACGACGUAAAACUAUCGAGAAGGAGCUGGCGGGUGUGGACGCGCUCAUUAAAGAGAAACAGAAGCUCAUCCAGAAGAGUAAGAGCGACGGGCUUAAGAAGAAAAAGAAGAGCAAAAAGAGCAAAACACCCGUCAGCCAAGAAGAAACAACAAAAGAAGAAGAAGGAAGCGAGUCGACAGAGGACGCGAAGGUGUUGCCCAUGGACAAGAACUUGAAGAUGGUGGCCAAGGAGGAGCCCAAUGUGGCUUUCAUCAUCCAACGCAGCAAUAACUCGAACACAGUGGUGUACGCUGCCUGCAAGUCUUCGAACGGCAAGUCUCUGGACCCGACGACACCGAUCAAGGUGUACUGGAUUAUGUACGAGAAGGACGGCAAUCCUCGAGAGGAUCUUAACAUGAUCGAGCGUAACACAGCGUACGGUGUUUCCUCCAAGCCGUCCGAUGUGCCGGGCGAACACUUGGCGAGCGUCGCGUCGCUACGGGACCGUGACUGCGUGUUGCGUCUGGACAAACACGGCAAUGUGAUGGCGCUGACUACAAUCAACGGAAAGAAAGGGAUGAUCUUACGGCGUGUGUUCGUGCAGAUGACCACGAGUUGGGGCAUCCCGACGGUGGACCACGUGGACAUCUUCGGCGUGGAUCCCGUCACCUUGGAGCCUGUGUACGAGAAGAAGAAGAACAAGUAA